GAACCACCGUAAAUUAUCCACAUGGCCGAGUCGUUGGAGGAUGAACUUGCGCGCUUCCAAGCAGAAAUCGCGUCGCUGGAGACGGAAGUCAUAUCCGAGAGUGCCCCCACUGUGCCGAUAGAUGGUCAAGAGGUCGCCGCGUCCUCGUCGAAGCGUCCCUUGGAUGGGGAUCUCGACCUCGACGAGGUGGCUCGAAAGCGCCAGAAAGCCAUGGAGGUCGCCAACAAGAUCCUGCAGGCAGCAGCUUCUGCACCGGCGCCAACAGCGAACCAACCUCCCGUUCGUCCUGUGCAAACGGUGAUCGUUCGCGCCCCGUCCAAGCGCGUGGACAAGCAGGUCCCGGAGGAACCACCGGCGAUGUUUGUGCCUCCCCAACCAAAUGUCCUCCGCAUGGAUCAAAUAUCAUCUACCCCGAACGUUUCCAUCAUGCAUGGCCAGUCGCUACCGACCGGCGCGGCCGUGCAGCUGGAGCUCAUGAUCGACCACGUGACCGGGUUGCCGCUGUCGACAAAGGAACAGCUCAUCUUCAACCAGCAGCAAAGCGUGUACAGGUACAAGCCACAGCACAACUUUACAGCGACACAUCAGGCACCGAGCGGCAAAAAGUUUCUGCGCGCCGCGGCCGGCAAAGUCUGGGAAGACUCGACGUUGGCGGAAUGGCCCGAGAACGACUACCGCCUCUUCUGCGGGGAUUUAGGAAACGAAGUCACGGAUGAGCUGCUGUCCCAAGCAUUCGCCGCGUACGCGUCCUUUGCCAUGGCGCGCGUGGUUCGUGAUAAGAUCACGCACGUGUCCAAGGGCUUUGGCUUUGUGAGCUUCAUGGACGGCCUCGACGCCAUGAAGGCCAUGCGCGAGAUGAACGGACGAUACAUUGGGAACCGACCGGUCAAGAUCACCAAGGGCAAGUGGCAGGACCGCGCCCUCGACGUGGUGAAAAAGCACAAAAAAGGCGGCCGCAAAAACAAACAUUUGUUUUGAUGAAAAAACAAAUAAUCUAACGGCUAGAAAAGAUACUACUAAAUAGUACUUCGAAGUACUACUUAUACUGUAGUAGUACUAGUCCGAGGGGUUUGCUUACAAGUGUGAUUUU